AUGUCUUUCUCUGCUACUCAUCAAUUGCAACUCGACAAUUUGUCAAUUGCUCAAGCAAUCAUUUAUGACAGCUCAUCGAAUUGCGCCCAAAUUACCCGAAAAACUCAAAUCGACUUGUCGGCUGGUUUGAAUGAGGUGAAAAUCCUCAAUUUGCCACUUGAACUCGUCGAAGAAACUUUGAGAAUUUCCGGAACUGGAAAUGCGAUUCUUCAUGAUGUGACUGUCAAACAACAACACGGAGAUGAUAUGUUCAUCCCGGAAAAAGUGACACUUCUCAAGAACGCCUAUGAAACUCGAGAAUCUGAAAGAGAUCGUGUUGCCGAUAAGAAAAAUCUUAUCGAAAAACAAAUCGGGGCGUUGGACAAAUUAAUCGAAGAUGCUGGAAAACAAACAAGCAGCAAUUCUGGAUUCGUUUUUAAUAAUCAAACUGUCGAAAGUCUUGGAACUCUUUAUGCUUAUUAUCAAAAACAAGGACAAGAUCUCAGAGAACGUAAGUUUGAGAAUUAUUUUGAUGUACUUAUAAGUAAUUCUAAAAAAAAUUUUGCAGAAGUUCGUCAAGUAGACAUCGAAUUGCGAAACGCUGAAAAAGCUUUAAACAAUGCCCGCGAAGCCUACGACAACACUGGUUAUCAUCAUCGUGGAAGCACUCAAUAUGCAACUGUUGUCAUCGAAUCAACCGAAAACAGUCAAGUUGAUCUUGAUGUGAUCUACCAAGUUCACAAUGUUUCAUGGACUCCAUCAUAUGAUGUUCGAGUUACAACUGGAGAUGAACCACAAUUAAAUAUUACUUAUUAUGGAAAUAUUCGUCAAUAUAGUGGAGAAAUCUGGAAUGGUAUUCCAUUGAUUCUUUCGACUGCUAAACCAUCGAGAGGAGCACAAAGUUUGCCAAAAUUGGGGACUUUGGAGGCUUCGAUUUAUGUUGAUGAGCCAGUUCGGUAAGUAAAGCAAACCUGGAUUUGUUUUAAAAUGAAAUUUGUAAUUUUCCAGACAAUAUAACCAAGUUUUGGCUUGCGAAAGUUAUUCUGCUCCAAUGCUGGGAAGAAGCAUGGCUCGUAAAACUGCCACCGUUCGUAAGAGCAAUGUCUCAUCGGAAUUCCUUAUCGAACGUCCAGCCACAAUUGAUAACAGAACUGAUGAAUAUAAAGUGACAGUUGGUGUCAUUGAUUUCACCGCCAAACUCAGUUACACAACAGUUCCAUCCAAAAAUAAAACCACAUUUUUGGUCGCAAAUACCCUCAACACUUCUGAAUAUCCAUUGGUCGCUGGAACCGCUUCAAUCUUCCUCGAUGGAACAUUUGUCACAAAAACCGAAAUCGACGAUGUUGUUGUCAAUCAAAAAUUGGCUCUUCCAUUGGGUGUUGAUCCAUCUUUAACUGUCGAAUAUUCGCCAGUUAAAGAAUUCAAGCAAGAAACUGGAGAUGUUACAAAAACAAUUCAACAAUCAACUGAAAAAACCGCUGUUUUGACAAACUUGAAAUCCGAAGAUGUUUUGGUAACUGUUGUUGAUCAACUUCCAAGAAGCACUGAUUCUCGAAUUAUUGUCAAUCUUCUCACUCCAAAUGCUGUCGAAGCUGAACAAUCAACAGUUCCAACUGAAGGAGCAAUUCUCACCAAGGAUAAUAUUCUUGAAUACACUGUGAAAUUGGCAGCCGGUGCAAAACAAACUGUUACCAUCAAAUAUACCACCGAAUAUCCAAGCAAAGAAAUUAUCACCUACAAUGAACGCUUCUAA